GCACAACCAAGAUAUUUGAUAAACCAAGGAAGCGAAAACGACAAAGGCAUGUUACAGCCAGAGUACACUAUAAAAAAGUGAGAAAGGACGGCUCCUCAAAAGAGGCUCCACGCUCGGAGGGAGAACUGAUGAUCCACAGGACUGCUGCCAGCCCCAAGGAGAUUCUUGAAGAUGGUGUAGAACAUGAUCCUGGGAUGUCUGCAUCCAAAAAAUUGCAGGGUGAACGCGGUGGAGGAGCAGCACUCAAGGAGAAUGUUUGUCAGAACUGUGAAAAACUGGGUGAGCUGUUACUAUGUGAAGCUCAAUGCUGUGGGGCUUUCCACCUGGAGUGCCUUGGCCUAACUGAGAUGCCGCGAGGAAAAUUUAUCUGCAAUGAGUGUCGCACAGGAAUCCAUACCUGUUUUGUAUGUAAACAGAGUGGGGAAGAUGUGAAAAGGUGCCUUCUGCCCUUAUGUGGAAAGUUUUACCAUGAACAAUGUGUCCAGAAGUACCCACCAACUGUCAUGCAGAACAAGGGCUUCCGGUGCCCCCUGCACAUCUGUAUAACUUGCCAUGCUGCUAAUCCAGCCAAUGUAUCUGCUUCUAAAGGUCGUCUGAUGCGUUGUGUCCGAUGUCCUGUGGCCUACCAUGCUAAUGACUUUUGUCUUGCCGCUGGGUCAAAAAUCCUUGCAUCUAAUAGUAUCAUCUGCCCUAAUCACUUCACCCCUAGGCGGGGCUGCCGAAAUCAUGAGCAUGUUAAUGUCAGCUGGUGUUUUGUGUGCUCAGAAGGAGGCAGUCUUCUGUGCUGUGACUCCUGUCCUGCUGCUUUCCAUCGUGAGUGCCUAAACAUUGAUAUUCCUGAAGGAAAUUGGUAUUGCAAUGACUGUAAGGCUGGCAAAAAACCACACUAUAGGGAGAUUGUCUGGGUGAAGGUUGGUCGAUACAGGUGGUGGCCAGCUGAGAUCUGCCAUCCUCGAGCUGUACCCUCUAACAUUGAUAAAAUGAGACAUGAUGUGGGAGAGUUCCCUGUUCUCUUCUUUGGGUCUAAUGACUAUCUAUGGACUCAUCAGGCCCGAGUUUUCCCUUAUAUGGAAGGAGAUGUGAGCAGCAAGGAUAAAAUGGGAAAAGGAGUGGAUGGAACAUAUAGAAAAGCUCUUCAGGAAGCUGCAGCGAGAUUUGAAGAGUUAAAGGCCCAAAAAGAGCUAAGACAACUACAGGAAGAUCGAAAGAAUGACAAGAAGCCACCCCCUUAUAAACAUAUAAAGGUGAACCGACCUAUUGGUAGGGUACAGAUCUUCACUGCAGACUUGUCAGAAAUUCCCCGUUGCAACUGUAAAGCUACUGAUGAGAAUCCCUGUGGGAUAGAUUCAGAGUGUAUCAACCGGAUGCUGCUCUAUGAGUGCCAUCCCACGGUGUGUCCUGCUGGAGGGCGCUGUCAAAACCAGUGCUUCAGCAAGCGCCAGUAUCCAGACGUUGAAAUUUUCCGCACAUUACAGAGGGGCUGGGGUCUCCGGACAAAAACAGAUAUUAAAAAGGGUGAGUUUGUGAAUGAGUAUGUGGGUGAACUGAUAGAUGAAGAAGAGUGCAGAGCUCGGAUCCGUUACGCACAAGAACACGAUAUCACUAAUUUCUAUAUGCUCACUCUAGAUAAAGAUCGAAUUAUUGAUGCUGGACCGAAAGGAAACUAUGCUCGGUUCAUGAACCACUGCUGCCAGCCUAACUGCGAAACACAGAAGUGGUCUGUGAACGGGGACACGCGUGUUGGUCUUUUUGCUUUGAGUGACAUUAAAGCAGGCACUGAACUUACCUUCAAUUACAACCUAGAAUGUCUUGGGAAUGGAAAAACUGUCUGCAAAUGUGGAGCCCCAAACUGCAGUGGCUUCCUGGGUGUGCGGCCAAAGAAUCAACCCAUUGUCACUGAAGAAAAGUCCAGGAAAUUCAGGAAGAAGCAACAUGGGAAGCGCAGGAGCCAGGGUGAAGUCACAAAGGAGAGAGAGGAUGAGUGUUUCAGCUGUGGAGAUGCUGGUCAGCUCGUCUCCUGCAAGAAGCCAGGCUGCCCGAAAGUUUACCAUGCUGACUGUCUCAAUCUGACCAAGCGACCAGCAGGGAAGUGGGAAUGUCCUUGGCACCAGUGUGACGUAUGUGGGAAGGAAGCAGCCUCCUUUUGUGAGAUGUGUCCCAGCUCCUUUUGCAAGCAGCAUCGAGAAGGGAUGCUUUUCAUUUCCAAGCUCGAUGGGCGUCUGUCUUGUACUGAACAUGAUCCCUGUGGGCCCAACCCUCUGGAACCAGGGGAGAUCCGUGAGUAUGUGCCGCCCCCAGUGCAACUGCCUCCAAGCCCCAGCACUCAACUGACAGAACAGUCAUCAGGAAUGGCUACUCAGGGACCCAAGAUGCCUGAUCAGCCACCUACUGAUGCCACCCAGAGGCUGCCAGUCUCCAAAAAAGCCCUGACAGGGACUUGUCAGAGGCCACUGCUACCUGAAAGACCUGAGAGAACUGAGUCUAGCUCCCACCUUUUAGAUAGGGUUAGAGACCUUGCUGGGUCAGGGACCAAAUCCUUGGUAUCCAACCAGAGGCCACAGGACAGACCACCUGCUAAAGAAGGACCAAGACCUCAGCCAUCUGACAAAGCCUCUUCAAUGACCAAGCCAAGCUCCUCACCCUCAGUCAGGUCCCUGCCACUGGAAAGACCUCUGGGAAUGAUUGACCCAAGGCUGGAUAAAUCCAUAGGUGCUGCCAGCCCAAAGUCCCAGUCAGUGGAGAAAUCCCCAGCCCCCACUGGCCUGAGACUUUCACCACCAGACAGACUGUUGACUACCAGCAGUCCCAAACCCCAGAUUUCUGAUAGGCCUCCAGACAAAUCCCAUGCCUCUUUGACCCAGAGACUUCCUCCUCCUGAGAAAGUACUAUCAGCUGUGGUCCAGUCUCUGGUAGCUAAAGAAAAAGCACUGAGGCCUGUGGACCAGAACACUCAGUCAAAGCACAGACCUGCGCUAGUGAUGGAUCUCAUAGACCUAACUCCUCGCCAAAAGGAGAGGGCUGGAUCUCCACAUGAAGUCACACCACAGGCUGAUGAAAAGACGCCAGUGCUGGAAUCAAGCUCGUGGCCAUCUAGUAAAGGUCUGGGGCACAUGCCACGAACUGUGGAGAAAAGCAGCGUGUCAGAGUCCCUUCCGCCAGCUGGGAAAGCAGCAGCUCCUUCAGAACAUCCUUGGCAAGCUGUUAAGUCACUCACCCAGGCCAGACUUCUUUCUCCAUCUUCUGCCAAGGCUUUUUUAUAUGAAUCAGCAACUCAAGCCUCAGGAAGAGCUCCUGUAGGAGCUGAGCAGACCCCAGGACUUCCCAGCACAGCACCCAGCCUCAUUAAACAGGGAAAGCAGCUAUCUAGAGGACUUACUGCCAAGAGUGGGCAGUCCUUCAGGUCUCUUGGGAAGAUCCCAGCUUCUCUCCCCAAUGAAGAGAAGAAGUUGACAACCACAGAACAGAGUCCCUGGGGCCUGGGAAAAGCCUCACCAGGGGCAGGGCUUUGGCCCAUAGUGGCUGGACAAACACUAGCCCAAGCUUGCUGGUCUACUGGGGGCACACAGACAUUGGCACAAACUUGUUGGUCCCUUGGAAGAGGGCAAGACCCCAAACCAGAGCAAAAUACAAUUCAAGCUCUUAACCAGGCUCCUUCUAGUCGCAAAUGUGCAGAGUCAGAACAGAAAUAAUGCAGUAAAUAUCACAUAACCAGGCAAGCUGUCCCCAGGGUGCCGUUGGGGUUGGGGGGGGGGGGAAUAAUCCUUCUUUCCCUUCUCUUCUUAAACAGAAAUAUUCCCAACACUUCCACUGUUAUUCUUUUCUUAUAUCCCAACACUCAGAACUCUUGUGGCAUUAGCCCAUGGGGACUUGUGGUUGUGUGAACCAUGUAUGGAAAUCGUCGGGCCCCAGUCAAGGAGACAGACAGACUUGAGUCUCUUUGCCCUAACUUUUACAUAUGGUCAACUUAAAAUAAAAAGUCCACUCUACAAUCAAGCAUGGAAUUCAAUUCCAGUGAUCAAGUUGGAAAGUAUAGAGGCUCACAAAGCUACUUCCCUGGCCCAGCAGUGCCCCGUUGAGAACACCUGAUAAACCUUUAGAAGGAUCUGAUGCUCAUUCAAAUCACUGGCAGUUAUCUGAGUAUUGCUGUAUGCUAGGUCAGGAGGCUAGUCAUUGUGUAAGACAGAAUUACAUAAGGCCUGAUCCCAAUGAGCCUGACUUGCCUGCUUGGGUCCCCAAGCAGAUUCAAGGACCUCUGACCAGGAAACAACAGAAAGUACUGCUAGGCCAUGGGUUUCCAGGUUUGUUCUCAAAUAUUUUUGUGUGUAUGUAUGCGUGUGUGGCCCAGAAUGUGUCUGUAUUGAACAUGUUUCCUAGUUGGACUGUGCAUGCAUGUGUGUGCCUGCAAAGCUCUUCUCUGUAAAUGGAAGGGUGCUACAUCAAGGCCAAGGCAAGCUGUUGACUGGGACUUUUACCUGUGUAUUGCAGUCUGAAGAUUUGUUCUUGGAGGAGCAUCAGGUUAGAGGGAGCUGGUUUCUGAGAAUGUAGUGUCCCAGAAGUGGACAAAGGAAAUUGGCAAGCUUACCUUUCUUUUCUACCAAUAAUCCUUUUCUAAGAACCUACCCCAUCCGCAUUUCCUCAAACACUCAGGUGCUUUCAGAUUUCAGUCUCGGGCAGUGGACAUAGGGAAUUUCUGGCAAACUCCUAGCAAGACACACCACCUUCAAGAAGAGUGUCAGAUUCUGAUGGGAAUUUUCUUCCGGUCUCAUGCCCUCCUACCUGAAGGGAGGGAACUCUUUCCACCUCCUUGUAAAUUGUUGUGCUUUCUGUUACAGAGAGCACAUGCCUGGUCACUUAGCUCAAUGGCAAGCCAGAACCCUUCCCCAAGACUGGAGAGACGUGGUGUUUGGAGCAGUGUCCAAUCUAAGACGACUCCUCGUAACUGCUGAUUAUCUGUUACUGCUGCCCUGAGCUGGGGCCCAAGGGCUGGGAAUCUGUUGGUGCUACCCUGCCCUUCCAUUUCCCCAGCUCACAAACUGCCAACAGAAAAUGCUGUUUGGCUAGUUCUCUCACACUCACCCUGCCCCUUGUCCUCAGACCAUGUGUUUGUUUACCUGUCUGCUUUGCCAACGUAGUAUCUUUAGCUAACAAAUGGCAUCUCCUGGCCAAAACAUCUGGCCUUUCUGUCCCAGUUACAGCUUUUAUACCCUCAACAGGAUUCUGUUUGCCCCAGGUUCCUCCUAAGUUCCUGUUGAGGUUAGCUUCCAUCACUUUUCAAAAGGAAAGAGCAGUGGUGGUUACUGAAGCAUUUGUACUUUAUAUAAAAAUUGAGAGUAGUGUCUGCUUUUAUUUCCCCAAGUCUGUCUCUGGGGUAGAAACCCCUGAACUCAGGCAGAGGGAUGAGGCUAGGACAGGGCUGACCCGAGCUUGGGGGCUAGUCCCUGCACCUCUCUGAAUUACGCCUGCCUAGUUCUCCCCUUUCCUUCUUUCUUUCCACAUCAUCAGAGUAAGAAAAGCUCUGUGUUCAAAAGGAAGAGAAAACAUAAAUCAUCUUAUUUUCUUUUAAAAAAAUUUUUAAACCAUGAAGAAAAUAUUUUUAAAGAAAUUCACCCAGGAAAUUAAAGUUCACUAUAUUGCAUAUUUAUCAUGUGUGAAGAUAUAAGUAUAUAACUGCAGCUAGUAGACCCCUUUCCUGAUUUCUUAGGUUGUGUGCGUAGGUUUGCUUGGUGCCAGUCCUGUGCCCUUUGCUCUCCUGUCAUCUGUAGUUGUGAUCAGAAACAGAUGUCUGCACUGCACUGUCAGAGUCUCCGUUCACUAUGUUGUGUGUUUGAUUACCGUAGCUGUUUCAUGAAAUAAACUGUGAAUUGGGGGGUGGGGGGUGCAGGCUAUGUAAAAUUUUUAAGUGAAGUUUAGUCUUGACUUAACUUCUCUAAAAUAGGUUUCAGUAGUUAAUUGGCUUUGACAGCUGUCUAGAAGUGUCUCACAGAACAGGAGGGAGGGAUGGGGUCACGAUUGGCCACCCGUGUUUGUUGCGAUAUUUUCAUUCACCGCCAUUCUUUGGAGCCUUCCUUCCAGACCUGCUGGGAAAACAUCUGAACUGUGUACUUGUGGGGUGGAGGGAGUGAGGGGCAUGGGUGAGAAACAACCCUUCUAAUGACAGGCACGUUUUGUUCAGGGCCACUGAAAGACUCUCAGGUUGUUGAGUUGGAACUAGACAUUUGAGCGGAGACCCACAGCUAACAGCAUGAGUUGUGUUAAAAUAGGGUAUUGGUUACUGUCCUUCAGUAACAAGUGCUUAGGGAGCAGGGACUUGAGUGUGAUGGUGGGAAGAGGGUGACCUUGCAGUUCUGGGCUGUGUUUGAAUCCUGUAAUAACCCUUUCUUUGAGAGUGUGAAUUGGCAACACAGAAAAUCUUACUAGAAACUUCUGAUCAUUGGACAGGUUGUAUUUUGGCAUUGGCAUUUGGCUAAGUGCUUGAAAUUUGAAUUGCCAGAGAAUCUACCUGUGAGACAGCACCUAGGAAGUUCUUUCCAGGGACAAGCCAAAGGCAGAAAUGCUCCUAGGUAGUGGCUAUACUUCUUGUUUAGUUAGAGGGAAAAAGGGGUGGAAUUGUUGAAAUUUGCAUUUAAAACUUCAUUUUUCUAACUGUUGGAGCCAACCCAUUUUAAUAGAAGGUAGCCACCAUUUACAACCACCCCCCCCAGUAUUUUUAGAUGUCUGCUUCCCUAAAAUUACUGAGUUUGAAAUUAUUUGCAUAACUGUGUCAUUUUUUUUAACGAAUUCUGCAUCUUUGGUAUUCAUAUCCUCUACCCCACACGUACAGUCUGGGCUUGAAGUGCAGUAGUAGUGAGCCUUCGUGGCUCUGCACUGUCAGUUCCCUGAAGCUGAACUUUGAGAUUGUAUUCCAGUGUUGUUCCACAACUGACAGGAAGGAUGUCUAGGUUGUCCAUGCAGGGCAAUCAGGAGAGCAUUCAAUCAGAUGGGUCUUGCCCCGGCUCCAAAAAAAUUAAGUUUUCUAAAACUUGUCAGGACAUUGUUAUCUUCUUGGGGAUGUUGUCAUUGAAUGAAAAGAGGCCCAGUGUCCUCACUUCCUAGAUCAGAGGACAGGAAUUUCCUGUUGUUGAGUGAUUAAUGUUAAAAGUAUCCCAAGUCGUUUAGACCUAGGUAGCUUCUGCAGGAGCUUUGAUUGGCUAUGACCAGUUUGUUUUCAGCUGAGCUUCCUAGGUCAGUGCAGUUCUAUAGUGUAAAUUGAAAUACAAAUAAUUGCUUUGUACACAAAACAAUGUAAUGAUGGUGCUAAUCUCAUGGUAUAAAUAAGCACUGCCAAGGGUUGAGGAAGUGGUGACAUGAGAAACCCCAGUUCCCGUUUGGGAAGAUAAUUUAUGUAGGUUCCUUUCAGCUCUAUGAGAGAUAGGCGGCAGGCAGUGUCACUGAUGCCUGCCAACCCAACCCUGGAGUUUUUAGUACGAUCCAGAGGUGAAGAGAUGAUCCCAAAUCCAGAUGAUGGCCACUGAGUUUCUCAGGGCUAGGGUCACCUUUGUCCCAUCCUGUCUAGGACAGUUUAGAAGAGAACUAUGGGUGUGGGGUAUCCACUACCUUCUGCUUCUCUACCUCUUCCCCUCUCGUGGCAGCAUCUCAAUUGCUUAUGAAUAAGGGCAAUGUCUCUUAAGAACGUUGGGAGAGUUUUAUUUAGACAACUACAACCUCACAAGAGAUGUUUUCUUACCAACAUAAGCAAAACAAAAACUCUUUUGUGGUCUUUACCCUAGAGUAGCCUUCCUGUGACUUAAGAACAUAAGACUAUGAGGGGCUCCAAGGGUAGCUCUUGGGAGCUUAGCACAGAUUGACAGGUAAACACAGGGAGCAGAGUAGAAACCAAGGAGAGUCCUGGUGUUCUCAUUCCAGGGUGGACAGAGUAGGUGGUCUCCAGGCUAUGGUGGUGCCGCCUUAUGUAUGUAGGUGAGUGUGAAAGUUGGGUGAGUACAGCACCUAGGAGCUCAUGGAAAAGCAGCUUUUUAGGUCUUGGCGAAGAAAGCUGACUAGAAAGCUCUAUUUUUUAAAUGGGGAAAAGGGUUCAGCCAAGGUCCAUCACUGUGUUCUCUCACCCCCCCCCAACAGAUUGUCAGCUGGAAGUGAACCUCCUAGUGAAAAAGAGGGGAACCCUGUGCUAGGAGUCCCCAUAAACAUGUACUGUAAUUCUUUGUAUAUAGAAAAAAUUACUGUAAAGUAAAGUUUAACUUUACUCUUA